GAACUGCACAGUUGUACUUUGAACAGAAAUAUAAUUAUCACAAUUAAGAUUGUCAAUCAUCGUUUUUAUCUGCAAGGAUACCAUUAAUUAAUAUCAGCGCAUGCGUGUAAAUCUGUCCACAUGUUGACCCCGAUCUUCCGUCGUGUCCUCUCGGCUGCUUUUUCCCAGAGAACUUAUUCCAAGAUCUCUGUUACUCGCCAUUAUCGACCUGGAAUUGGUUUGUCAAAACUUCAGUUCAGUGACUGUCGAAUUUUAGCGAUGGCUUAUUCAGUUGAACCCAGAGGUGCACCCAAUUCGCUCGACUACCGUCUGUUCUUCAGGAACAGCGAUGGUCAAGUGAUUUCGCCAUUCCAUGACAUUCCACUAUAUGCUGAUAAAGAUAAGCAGAUAUUGAACAUGGUUGUUGAGGUACCACGAUGGACCAAUGCCAAGAUGGAGAUCGACACUUCAGCUCCCAUGAACCCCAUCAAGCAGGACGUCAAGAAGGGCAAGUUACGAUAUGUCAGGAACUGCUUCCCUCACCACGGUUACAUCUGGAACUAUGGCGCCUUCCCUCAAACAUGGGAGGAUCCUAAUCAUGAAGAUGCUAGUACAAAUUGCAAAGGAGACAACGAUCCUCUGGAUGUCUGUGAAAUCGGGAGGAAGGUAGCGAAGAGAGGAAGUGUAAUUCAGGUGAAAGUUCUCGGAACGCUUGCUAUGAUUGAUGAAGGUGAAACUGACUGGAAGAUAUUUGCAAUUGAUGUGACUGACCCAUUGGCGAACGAGAUGAACGACCUUGAUGAUAUUCGUCGGUUGAUGCCUGGAUUUCUGGAGGCUAGUGUGAACUGGUUCAAGAUCUACAAGGUCCCAGACGGAAAGCCCCUCAACAAAUUUGCUUUCAACGAUGAGCCAAAGAAUAGGGAGUUUGCCAUGGGUAUCAUUCAAGAGACGGCGAAGCAAUGGGAAAGUCUCAUCAAUGGCCAGUCGGAUGCUGGCAAAUUAAGCUGUCAAAAUGUUACAGUGGAAUCUAGCAAGUACAAGGUGUCUCCCGCAGAAGCACAAUCAGCUUUUGACAACGCGGAACCUGUCGCAGAGGCUUUACCACUGGAUCCAGAAGUGAACGACAACAACAAUUUUGUGAGCCUAACAGCUUGACUACGUGUCCCUCUUCAUCCCAAGAAAUGUGCCUCUUCAAACCUCUAAUCACAUUCUGUGUUGUCUACUAACCUUGGAAGCAAAAGUCUUCUGAUAUACACCAUUAAAGGAAUUGAUACCACUACAUAGCUGCAAGCAACCACCAUACCAUUCUAAUAUGGUGUCAGAGAUGCCAACAGUUAUGGAAUAUUAAUCAGAUAAGAUUACAAUGUGAAUAACCAAAUGUUUUCUUACGAGACAAGUCAUGUUAACAAAAGUUUUUUGCUCAGUCAUUCAGUCGGGAAGUAAACACUGAAUUUACAUUAGAACAUAUC